UGUGACUCAAAACUCUUAACACUAGUCCCUCUUACUUGAGUUCCAUCUAUCUUUUCUACCAUUGUUAUAUCCAAAAAUUGGUCUGAAAAACCUUGUAUGUUGGAAGCAUAUUCGUGAACUAAUCAUUUGAAAGAAAGUGUUUGGUUGUUUGUAUCUUUAAGUGUCUCAACCCCAUAGAUAGCCCAAUUUGUGAAGAUCAAAUAAGAAUGUCACAUUCUGCUCAUUCCAUUCCAUUAAUCUUCCCACCAGACAAUUCUGGGUCUGGUGGAUCAGCAUCUAGUGAGACUCUUCCACAGUCCUCUCAUUCUAUAUCAUCAAUCUUCCAACCAUACAAGUCUACUGAGAGUUCAGAAUCCAAUGAAAGACUCCCACAAUGCUUUCAUUCCAUACCUUUAAUCUUCCCACCAACCGAGUCAACAAACAGUUCCUCUGGUUCUCAUUCAAAGCAGUCAGACUCUUCUACCAAUGAAUCAACACACCAGUCUACUUCAACCCAAUUGCCUGAACUACAAGACCUUCAUUUCAAUGAAGUUAAUCAUAAUUUUAAACGUGGUAAUGCUCGAUCUCCUUUGUCAAUUCAAGCUGAAGAUAGUUAUCAUUUUCAAGCUGGACUCAAAAAGCUUAUAGAGGAGGCUCGCCAGAGCUGGACCUAUGCAAUUAUGUGGGGUUUAUCUUACGACCAUUCUGGCUCUUCAAUGUUGCGGUGGGCUAAUGGGUACCACAGAGGCGAAAAUGAGCUCAAUUCAGUGAUCACAGGAUCUAAUGUUGAUGAAAAAGAUGUCAGCAAUACUGAGUGGUUCUUUUUGAAGUCGAAGAUGCAGUGCUUCUUGAAUGGCAGUGGCCACCCAGGCCAAGCUUUUGUCACUUCAAGAUUGGUCUGGGUGGCCGGGUUGGAGCGUCUAGGGAGCUCCUCGUGUAACCGGGCACGAAUGGGGCAGGUCUCCGGGUUACAAACAAUGGUAUGGAUACCCUCAGCAAACGGCAUUGUGGAAUUUGGCUCUACAGAGCUGAUUUUCCAGAGCACGGAUUUAAUCAACAAGGAGAUCAUGAUGGGAAGACCUAGACAACUGAGGGCUGGAUUGCAUGAUGUAACUAUUCAAGAUGAUAGUUUUGAAGAGAUUCGUCAAAUGCUUGCUACUCUGAAAACAAUGACAGAGAAGCAUCAAGCUUGUCUGUCUGAGCAACAGGUACAGAACACUGAGCAACGACAAAGUCAGAGUGGAGCCUCCCCCGCCCUUCCUCUUAUUCCUAAAGAUCAAAUCCCAGUUUUGUUAAAGCAAUUCCGUGAGCUUAUUCCACCUGUGUUUAGGCGAACGACUAACCCAUUCAAGGCUGAGGAAUGGAUAAAGAAGAUGGAAAAUAUUUUCAUUGCCAUUGGUUGCAUAGGUGAUCAACGUGUGACUUUUGCUACAUUCAUGUUAGAGGGAGAAGAGGCUAACCGUUGGUGGGCAUAUGAGCAAAGAUUGUUGCAUGAGGCUGGGACACAAGUAACAUGGGAGGCAUUCUCAAAGGCAUUUUAUGAGCAUUACUUUCCUGAUAGUAUUCGAGAUCAAUUAGAGUCAAAAUUUCUUAAACUCAUACAAGGGAGCAAGACAGUUACAGAAUAUGAGAUGAAAUUCUUAGAGCUAGUACAUUAUGCCCCUCAUGUUGCAGAAGAUGAGGCGAGUAAAUGUCGUAGGUUUUUCGAGGGGUUGAGGAAAGACAUUAGGUCACAAAUUAUUCCCUCAAUGCUAAGGGAUUUCAAUAAGCUAAUUGAACAAGCUAAGGUGGUAGAGAAAAAUUAUGAUCAAACUCAUAAGGUUCACGAGUCGAAAAGGAUGAGAUUUGCGCAAAGAGGAGGCCAAAGUGGUAGACAACAUAGUAGUGAUGGAUCUACUGAGGGGGUUAGAGACACUUGUCACUUCUGUAAGAGGAGCCACCCAGCACAUAAAUGUCCCUUGAUUACAAGAGCUUGUUUUCAGUGUGGUCAAACUAACCAUUUUGCUCGCACCAAAUCUUCCAGGGAUAGGCUUAAAGGUAAAAGGACCAAGAAAUAGAGCGUAAGAUAUUGUUUUUAUAUUUCCUUCAGCUGGCAUUCUUGGAGUCUCAAUCAGUGGCGGAGCCACACAC